AUGGUGAUCAGAUACUUUUCAAAUGUCGUGGAUCCGCCAGUAAUGUUAUACAUGGGCGUAGAUAAAUUUGAAAAUGAGAAUUUAAUUAGAUGGGGUUGGCCCGAAGAUGUUUGGUUUCAUGUUGACAAAAUUUCAUCCGCUCAUGUUUACGCACGUUUACCUCCAGGGCAUACGUUCGACAAUAUGUCCGAGGCUUUAGUAGAAGAUUGUGCGCAGUUGGUGAAGGCGAAUAGUAUUCAGGGCAACAAAAUAAAUAAUGUAGAUGUCGUUUACACUCCAUGGGAUAAUUUGAAGAAAACAGGCGAGAUGGCUGUUGGACAAGUCGGUUUUAAAGAUGACGGAAGAGUUAAGAAGGUCCGUGUUGUGAAACGUAUAAACGACAUUGUUAAUAGGUUGAACAAAACUGAAGUAAGAGUAGAAAUUGACUAUCGAGCUGAACGAGAAAAUCGAGAUGCCAAGGAACGCGCAGCCGAGAAACUAAGACAACGCGAGAAAAAAGAAGCGGAAAAAGCGGAAAUGGAAAGACGAGAAAAAGAACGACAGAUGCGUUCAUAUGAUGGAGUUUUUAGCGAAGAAAAAAUGAGUUCUAAUUAUGAUGGUGGAAACGAUUCUGAUGAUUUUAUGUGA